CCGUCACGCCGUCACUCUACAGGACCAGUUGGCUGCAUAUGGAGGUCGAGGACCUCGAGGAUCUCUACAACAUCGACGCGUCGUACGACCAAGACGACCCGGAUGAGGACGAGGGGGAGCAGCAGAGCGAGGAUGACCAAGAGAUGGACAUGCUAGGAGGAGCGGUGGCGGAGGAGGACGGGGCGGAUGACGCUCGAGGAUCCAGCGCCGACGAGGAAGAGGAUGAAGAAGACGACGAAGAGGAGGAGGAGGAGGAGCCGGAGGGGGCGCGGUUGGUCGCGGGCGAUUGCGGACCAUCCCCACGAGCUAGGGUUUCCGAGUUUGCGGCGGCUGCCGGCGCCGCCGUGGAGCGGGCCCACACGGCCAACUGCCCCGUCUGUAUGGACCCGUGGACCUCCCAAGUUGUAUCCCAUGUGGGCAUGUCUAUGGGAGAUCUUGCCUAGAGAAGUGGUUAACCCAGCGCGGGAACCGAAGUGCGACGUGCCCUCAGUGUGGCAAAAGGUUUAAACAUAAGGACAUCAUCAACCUCUAUGCACAAGAGGUUGCUGUUCCUAAUAGUGAACUUGAGAAGGAAAUUUCAUACUUAAGGCGGGAAAUCUGUUCUCUGAAGAAGAUGGUUGUGCACCAUGAUAAAAUGUUUGAGGAGAUGAUCAAGAGGCAGAAUGAUGGUGUUCGCUCAAAGAGACAGUGGCUGAGCACUCAUAUGAAGCCGCAAAUCUGGUGGCAUCUACCCCAGCCACAAUAAGUUUUAGCUUACAGAACGAAUUACCUGUGGCUGGAGCUCGAGUCAUCAGCAUAGACACAUCUAACAAAAUAAUACUUGUUUCUGGAAGGGCAAAUGCUAUAGGUGCUGAAUAUGUUGUUACCAAGAUUAGCAUGCUGUCCAACCGUGAAGUACGCAAAAUCCAUCUUCCUCCUGAAACCAAAGCUGUUAGGGAUAUGUGUAUCCUGCCUGGUGGCUCUGCUAUUUUUACAUCACUAGGAAGGAGGCUAUCACUUUUCAGGCUCCUGGUUGGUCGUGUGCAGUAGGUGCAUCUGGUUCACAUCAUAUUUAUGCUGGAUUGCAGAACGGGAUGGUUGUGGUAUUUGAUAUCCGUCAAACUGUGAGGCCCUUGCGUUGUAUGGUGGGGCUAUCUGCAAAUCCGGUUCAUACUCUCCACUCUGUCAUUGAUAACAACGGUUCCAGGAAGGUUCUUUCAGCUUCUGCUAUAGGUCCCUGCAUGUGGGAUGCUGAUAGCAACCAAAGCAGGCCGCAUUUGCUAACUGGGACGGGAGAUGAGCGUGUCUGCAUAUCUCUUGCAUGUGCCGCUCCAUGGAGUGACCUUUUGGUGGCUUCCUUCCGGCCCAGAGUUGAUCCAUCAGGAGAUGCAGUUGCCGCAUCCCAAGUUUAUCUAUCACAAACGCCUACACGGUCUGGGCAGGGGAAACCAGGGCAGCACACCCUUAUCAGGAGGAGGACGGGUAACACCUGCUUCGCUGAAGGCACGACUUGCUAUGCCAACGUGAGCGAGCUGCGCAUGUCAAAAUCGGCCAUCAUACCUUACGGAUACGGAGGCCACCAGCAGAAGCACCUGUUCUCCUACGGAGACGAGUCGCUGCGUGGGGUCCGGACCUGGCAACUGCCUUCGUUUGGGAUGCAUGCUGACCUCUGCACCCACCGGGAGCCCAUCCUUGAUUUAAGGUACGCUGCUGAAACUGAAGGACCAGGUGGGUACCUUGGUUGCUUAAGCGAGGAGAAGCUGCAGGUGUUCAGAGUUAAUUAAUUGUUAGGUAGCUUAGCUGGUCAGUGAGGGAGCAGCUUCUUUUUGACUUUUGGUAGCUCAGCUCAGCUAAUUGCUAGGUAACAUAACAUCACUGUGAAGGUCGUGCUUGUUUGGUGAAGCUGCUGUGUACAUACAGGGCAACAGCUGAAAUUGCCUAGUUUUGGUGCUGCUGGCUGUUUGUUUGUGUCACUGACUGGAGUGAAGACCAUCUCCAGCAAUUCCUCCCAUAUUUCACUGACU